GCGUCCAUAAAAAUCCAUGCACGCACGCACGCUCAUUGACAAAACGGUGCGGUCGACCAGCUGAGCUAGCUAGCUAGCUAGCCGCGCUGCUUUCCUUGACACUCGCGCACACACCCCUGAGCUGCCAGCAAUGGCCGCACCCGAGCUGCGGCGGCGGUGGCUGGUGGUCCUCGUCGUCGGGUUCGUCGCCGUGUUCCAGGCGGCCGACGGGGCGCCGUGGUUCUGGCCGCCGGGCGGGGACGACCCCGGCGGCUGCCUGAGCUGGCGGGUGAUGGUGGAGGCCAACAACGCCAAGUUCUGGCGCGCGGUGCCGGCGCCGUGCGUCGGGUACGUCUGGGCCUACAUGUCCUGGGGCCAGUACGGCCGGGACGUGGGCAGCGCGGCGGACCAGGUCGCCGCCUACGCCAGCCAGGCCCCCGCCGCCGGCGACGGGCUCGACGCCUGGGUCCUCGACGUCGACGACACCUGCCUGUCCAACCUGCCCUACUACCAGGCCAAGCAGUUCGGGGCGUACGACCCGGCGGCGUUCAAGGCGUGGGCGAGCAGAGGGGCGUGUCCGGGGAUACCGGCGAUGGUGAGGCUGUUCUGGGCGCUCAAAGGCGGAGGCUUCAGGGUGUUUCUUCUCUCCGGGAGAGACGAGGAGGCUCUCGGCGCGCCCACCGCCGCCAACCUCGCCGCCGCCGGGUUCGCUGGCUACGACCGACUCAUCUUGAGGAGCGCCGGGUACCGUGGGCAGAGCGCGGUGGAGUUCAAGUCGGCGGUGCGCCGGCGGCUGGCGGAGGAGGGGUACCGGAUCCGCGGCAACGUCGGCGACCAGUGGAGCGACCUGCAGGGCGACUGCGCCGGCGACCGCGUCUUCAAAGUGCCCAACCCCAUGUACUUCGUCCCCUAGACCGACUGAACG